CUUCAGACUAAUCGACCUUCACCACGAACGCUUGACCCUGGCCACAUAAGUAUCGUACGACUGCAUACCCGGCGCUGGUUCAUAAAACUUGAACGUUGAAUAGCUACUGGGAAACCUGGUGAACGUGCAGGCAUUAGAAAAGAAAGGGAAGAGCCAUGUAUGCGCUCAGACGACAAGUUCAAACCUUAUCCAUGCAAGCAGCCCUACUCUCCCUGCGCUCUAGACAGCGGCCAGCGUACGACCCUUUUUCCCAUCAUCCUCAAAGGCAUCGGUUGCUUUUGUAGGCCCUUCUCCCAAAUCAACACCACCAUGUUCAUUGCUCGCUCUCCGCGCGUCCAGCUUUUGUCCAAAUGCUGGUACUUUGCAGGAGCCAGCCUAUACCUUCUCGACGUUCUUCACUACUUCCGUAUCCUCCGCCAAUGACACUCGCCACUCCUCAAGAACGCGUCAUAUUUACCAUUCUCUCCACAGGUGCCAUCACUGGACUAGCUAUCGUCACCGUGCUUGUCGCUCUGCUUUUCCUCCUCAACCUAACGACGAACAGACCGGGAGUCAGCAAGAUGUCCUGGACGGACAUCCUUGACAGCCUUCCGUCACAGCCAAUCUUCUUCGUUUGUCUUAUUGUCAAUGAUGCGGUCUAUCAACGUGUUCGGGAACGGAGGCGUUGGAAGGAGGUUCAGCGAGAAUCGGGGUAUAUGAAAUACAUUGGAAUUCCUCUCGUUGGGUCUGUCGGUUUCACGACAUAUUCUAUCACAAGGGAGCAGGCCAGGGACGUGGAGAGAGCGUCGGCGAAGACAUGAGCAGGCAGUAGUUCCUCUUUACAUCUACUUUUCGCAUAAAUUUACAAUACACCACCUUCGAUAACGUUCAGAGGCCUAUGGAAACAGUGGUCGCCGCCAUUGACAACACUUGCCAUCUUCAGCGACUCGAGUGAAUGCUGUUCGAGAGCUGACGUUCAAGGACGGCAAACCUGGUAUCCGGCAUUUGACGUUGCGUCCGUACGCUUGAAGGUGGAUCUAUCUUCGAGGAUGUUCUCGGAUGGAGUAAUGCUGAG